CAAACCUUAAAAUAGUGUUAACCGCCAAGAGGACCAAAACAGGAAAUUUAGAUCUAUUGGAUCGAUAAGGAAAUCAUUUCCAUCGCAAGAUCAAAACCUAUAUGGACUGUAUUAACAUCAUAAUGUUCUGAAAAAUAGCUUUUUUUUCGUUAUUUAACAGCCCCAAUAUUGCUAUUCGAACGAUGUACAACUCCUAAACCCUUUCAGCGAAAAAGCGAAUGAUUGAUUCGAAAUCUUAUAGAUUAUGGGGAAUUUCCUAAUUGGGAAACAAGGUGCGGCAAGAACUACAAAAUAAAAUUUCGCAUUAUCAUAACCUUUUGCCGCUAAUACUCACAAUGAUUGAAUGCUAUAGAUGGAUCUUCGAUUAAUUAAUAUCCGAUAACUUUGAUGAGAUAAUUAGUAAGUAGAUUAAUCAAAUAUAAAUACACUAAUCUUUCUCUAAUAAUGAUUUCUUCAUUUUUUAGUUAGUUAUCUAUAGAAAUAUUAACUCAUAAUGAGUAUUAAUGAAGUAGAAUUCGAUAAUGUUCCCGGAACAAUUCAUUUAGUUGAUUUGGAGGGUAAUUUAGAUGUUAAAAAAAAUAAAGGUGAUAAAAGUAUCAUUCUUUUACCUCAACCAUCCUCAAACCCCAAUGAUCCAUUAAGAUGGUCACAAAAGAAAAAGAUACAACAAUUUAGUUUGCUUUGGGUUUGGGCUUUUCUAUUAGCUGUAGCAGUUAAUUUCUGGGGUCCACUUUGGGAAAUUUGGAGUGAAGAAUUUGACGUCAGCUUUUACAGAUUAAACAUUACUGCUGCAGAAUGCUUUCUUUUUCUUGGAGUAGGGUGUUUGUUCUUACAACCAACAGCUCUUAAACUUGGUAGAAGGUUUGUAUAUUUAAUUUGUACAGUUAUUAUUUUAGUGGUAAGUGUUCUUGGAAGUCAAGCACUGAACGUUGUUUAUUUGGAUGUAUCUAAUAUAUUUGGGGGAUUUGCUGCUGCUCCAGUUGAUUCCUUAGUAGAAAUAUCUUCCACUGAUGUAUUUUUCCAACAUGAAAGAGCCACUGCUAUUUCCUGCCUUAUUUUAGCAUUAUAUGCUGGAAGUUUUCUUGGACCAGUAGCUUGUGGUUAUAUAACUGAUUCAAUGGGUUGGAGAUGGUGUUAUUACUUCCAAGUUAUAUUUUUUGGAAUCUUAUUUGUUAUUUUAAUACUUGGAAUGGAAGAUACAACUUUCGAUAGAAAUUAUAAUGAAGAAAUUCUUGAACAGAAUAUUCUCCAACAAAUAAGAUCCAAAGAUAAUGAUUCAACUACUCAAAGUGGUAAGAAUGUAACAACAGAAAUUGAUACCAAUGAAAUCUCUAGUAAGAUCCUGUUUGAUGCAAGUGAAGUUUCUUCAGUUGAUUACUCUAUACCCAAGAGAACAUAUUGGCAAAGAAUGAGAUUAAUGGAAUUAGAGUAUAACGAUAAAAGACCAUGGUUUACUAUUUUCAUUAGGCCUUUCUAUUUGAUAACUUUUCCAGCUGUCGUUUGGGGUGGAAUUAUUUAUGGAGCUCAAAUGAUGUAUUUAUCAUUAAUUUCAACUUCUCAAUCCCAAAUAUUCUCAAGUCCUCCUUAUAAUUUUGGAGCCAAUGCUGUUGGUUUAACUAAUAUAUCAUGCUUUGUUGGAAAUAUCAUUGGUAUGUUUUACGGUGGACCAUUUGUAGAUUGGUUAACAGUAAGAUUAGCUAGAAAGAAUGAAGGGAUAUUAGAACCCGAAUUUAGAUUACAAGCUAUGCACGUUCCAACCAUAGUAAAUGCAGCUGGUUUGCUUGCUUAUGGAUUAGGGGCUCACUACAAAGCUCAUUGGGCAGUGCCUGCAAUUAUUGGUCAAGGGUUAUUAGGUGUUGCAAUGAGUUCUUCUGGUGCCAUUUGUUUAUCAUAUGCUGUUGACAGUUAUGGAAUGUUAGCCAGUGAAGCACUUGUACUUAUGCUUGUCAUAAGAAAUUGUAUUGGAUUUGCUUUCACUUUUGGUUUCCAACCUUGGUUAGAUCAUAAUGGAUUAAAAGUUCUUACUUGGCUCAUUUUCAUGCUUUGUCUCAUUAUAAACGCAAGUUAUAUACUUAUGAUAAGGUAUGGUAAAGCAUGUAGAAAAUGGACUAAAUCAAAGUACGAAAAGUAUAGUGAUCCAAAUUAUGGAACGAUUUCAUUCUUCACUAAAAAAUGAAGAAUUAUACUGUGUAUAUUAAAUGAUAAUGA